GCAACUGGUAUUGCAACCUCAAGCUAUGAGUACAGUCCUCAGCGAGUCCGGCACCUGCUCCCAAGAAACCGCAUCUUAGUGAGGCACGUGAUUGAAUUGGCAACUUGGAUCUUCAGCCAUUCUCAUCGCAACGGAGGAAUGGGGUGGACCCGGGGCGGUGGCAGGAAAGCUGAUGUCCGGAAGGCUGUAGAGUGGACAGAUACAUUCAGGUGCCUGUAUCGGCAAGCAGUGGCAUAAUAUCGCCUCGAUACCUACCUAAUAAUAGGCAGGUGUUAUUACCUAUCGGCUACAUAGGCAGGUAUACCCACCGCAGACGACGCGCCUUUCCGCCGACGUGAUCGUGACUCACACCGGUUAUCUACAGACAUAAAUAGAGAUAUGUACUGUUAGUUCGUCUAUGGCAUCGUUGCCCCAUCGUCCGUGACGAUACCGAUUGAACAGGAGCGUCAAAUUAUCCUUAAAAGAUACACCUCUGCGUACUGCUGAUUCGUUGGAGAUGCCUACUAUGGCCGACCCACCGUUCUCGUCGAUCCGUCACCUACCUACAAACGAGGCCUACGACAGAUGGGCGGCCGUUUACGACACUGACGGUAACUUUCUACAGGCGCUGGACACCAUCGAGUUAGAGACGCUAUUCCCGAGGUUCCUGCGGUCCAUCUCGUCCCCCAAGCCCUGGCGUAUCGCAGACUUGGGCUGCGGCACCGGACGCAACACCGCCCGGCUUCUCGCGGUUGCCGAUAUCGCAGAGGUGGUUGCUCUCGACUCCAGCAAGGGAAUGCUUGAGGUAGCACGGUUGCGGCUGCAGGCUACUGGCGGUGCGGAUCCAACGAGAGCGAGGCCGAAAUUGCAUCUCGAGAUCUUCGAUAUGCUAUCCUCCUCGUCGCCCCCAGAUGCCGCACAGCAGGUGGACGGGAUAAUUUCUACUCUAGUCCUCGAGCAUGUGCCGGUGUCGACCUUUUUUACGCUCGUCGCGCGGCUGCUAAAGCCUGGUGGUGUGCUGCUGCUGACCAACAUGCACGCGCACAUGGGUAGUAUCAGUCAGGCAGGCUUUGUGGAUGCGAGCACGGGGGAGAAGAUCCGGCCCACGAGCUACGCCCACACGGUCGCGGAUGUCGUGGCAGAGGCGAGAAAGUGUGGAUUGGAAGUCGAGAGGGAGGGUGGAAUCUAUGAGAGAGAGGUGGAUGGAGAUAUGGUUGAGGAAUUGGGCCCGAGGAGUAGGAAGUGGGUGGGUAUAACUUGCUGGUUCGGAGGUUUAUUUAGGAUGAGUUCCCGUUGACAGAGUCUAUGCUUUCAGUUUUAAAAGCGGAAGUGAGUCGACGGCAAGUUAAGUUCAUACUCUAAGUGAGACAGCUUCCGUUAAUACAUGAUACUCUGGCGGAUGGAGAUGAGGGAUAUCCGCGUAAAUGAAUAAGCGAUGCGGACCGCUGGGUAUGGUCGUUGGAUGAAUACUGGGAAGAAGAGACGAGAACGAUAGACCGGCUUAUCGGCCGGUGCCCGACAGAAGACGAGCUCGAGGGGUUUCCCGAACGCAGGAUCGGGUCGGUUGAGGUUGAGGUUGACUUUCCUGCUGGCGGGUGCAGUCUAGAGGGCGAGCUCGCAAGAGGAACGCGGCUGUUGGACAUGUUUCUCUUCCUUCUCCUCUGUACACACUGCCUUUCUGCCUCCCCUUGAGAGAUUACAUCCCCUGAAAAGGGGAUGAUGCUUUGCCGCAGUCACAUGCAAGAGGUAGGCA